ACCGGCGGAUGAACUUCAUCUGGAUAAUGGAUUAACGCAUCAGACAGAUAGCAAAAAACAACGCACAGCAACUCCAGAUGUCAAUGUAUUGGAAGAAAACACCCACCCACCCACGAUGGAGUGACUCACAGUUUUAAGUAGUUGAAUAAGCGAGCGCCGGUGCGGACGGAUAGAUUCUGCGUGGGGUAUUUAACUUCUUUCUGGUACUUAAAACUCGACCAACUGUGGGUUUUAUGGGGAAGGGAAUCGUUGGGCUCGAGCCGCCAUACGGACUGACUGCUGUCCGUACAGUUGCUGCACGAGGCGCUGGUGCCAGAUAUGGAUAGCGAGCGGGAUACCUCCGGACGCUGGUGCGCAUCUUCAUAAAGUGCGACACUUCCACACAAAACUUCAUUUGUCCCGAGUCAAGGUUGCUGACAAACGGAGGCUGAGCAAGAAGAACUUCAUUUUUCCCUGCUUUUUAGGGAGGAUAGUUUAAGAAAAAGUAGGCUACUUUAGCAAAUCUACACAGGAAGCUUUGAAGAUGCUUCCAGGGGUCGCGAGGAGACUUCACACGCUGCUCGUGAUUUGGUCGAUACUUCUCGUGAGUUUGGGGACCGGGUUUCCUACCAGACACAAGAAUGUUGCCCACAAAGCUCAUGGCCACCAGAUUCACAGUGCUGGAGUCCAAUAUGUCCCUGAGACUUUGGAGCAGCAGAACCAGGUCCAGAGUAUCCUCCCUGAGCCCCAUGGCCCCCAGAGGAGGUGGACCCACCCCCACCACCGCUCUGUUGGUGUUCUCCCACAGCCGGAGCCUGAGGAGGAGACCAAACCCUUCAUUCUGGAUCUCAAGAACUUCCCAGACCUGGCAAAUGCUGAAAUAAACUCGCAGAACCCAAACAUACAGGUAACCAUUGAGGUGGUGGACGACCCCCAGAUGGAGGUAGAGAUGGAUCUGGCCAAGGAAAAAGAAUGGCUCCCCUCCUCUUCCUCCUCACCGUCUUCCACGGUGGAUUGGCUCGGAGGCAAGAAGCUUUUCUGGCCCCUUUUCUGGAGUUACACUGACGCCGACUCCGGCGAGGAAAGCAACAGCCGCUCAGGGGCGGACGAAAAUGGUGAGGAAGAGGAGGAGGAGGGGGAUUACUCUCUGGAUUACGGAAGCGAGGAGCCCUUACCAAGCGGAGUGGGCGAAGACUGGGAUACGCGUUGGAACGAAGGCUGGGAUCCAAUACAGAGCUACUACGAAAAGGCAACAGAUGAGUGGACUCCCUGGUCUCCCUGUUCAGUGACAUGUGGAAACGGUGAGAGGAAAAGGACCAAGUCCUGUGGCUACUCAUGCACUCUGACAGAAGCCUCCAAGUGUGACCUGGAGCCUUGUCCCGGUGAUGUCAACACUGUAGUAGAGCCAUUCCCUUUCGCGAUGGAGAAUGGCACAGAGCCAUUUGGAACAGAUGUGGACAGCUGCGAGAAGUGGCUCAACUGUAAGAGUGACUUCCUCCAGAGGUACCUCCGCCAGGUGAUGUCUGAGCUGCCCAGCUGCCCCUGCACUUACCCCUCUGAAGUGUCUUACACCGUGGUCAGCGUCUACGACGACAAUCACGGCCGGCCAUUCCGCUGGCACGAUGCCAGUGGCCCCAAGGAGCGCAUGGACAUCUACAAGCCGUCAGCGCGUAGCUGCAUCCGCUCAGCACUUUCAAGCGAUUCAUCCACUCUAGCAGCGCAGCACUGUUGCUACGGCGAUCGUGGACGGCUGAUAACACGAGGGAAAGGUGCAGGCACGCCUAACCUGAUCAGCACCGAGUUCUCUCCCGAGCUGCACUUCAAGGUGGACGUGCUGCCCUGGAUCCUGUGCAAGGGAGACUGGAGUCGCUUCCACGCGGUGCGGCCACCUAACAAUGGGUUGAGCUGCCCAGAAAAUCCCCACGAAGAUGUGUUCAUGAAUGAACUGGAGGAAGCCAGGGAGUACUGAGGGACCACAGCCAAAACUACCAUUCAGAGUCAGAGGGCCCAAUCCUAAUUUGAGAGGAGACAGCCUUUUAAAAAUUAUGAAAUAUUACACCUAAACCAUGCGUUGACUCAGAGGAAAUGUGAUUUGGAGGUGUGUGGGGUUUAGGUGUGUGUGUGAAGUGUGGUUGUCUCAAGUUAGGAUUUGGCACAGUUUCCUGAUAUCAGGCUCAAUGGAACUAAAUUACAAGAAUGGAAAAAAAAAGCAGUGUUCUCCCAUCGCUUGCCAACCUGUUCCACAUCUGGGAUACCAUCCAGCUCUCUCUUUAUAUUCACUCUCCUGGGUGUGUGUAAGCAUGAUGUCCACCUACUGGCUUUGUUUGAUAGUGUCCUGGAGCGCUUGUGAUUGACAAUUCGCAACAUGUGGUAAACAUCCUGAUCGUGCUUCUUUUAAGUCUUAUGUUACGGAAAUGUAUAAAUGUGGGUUGGUUAUAUUGAUGAAACAAACACAUGCAUGGGAAGAGUCCAACAGAAUAUGAAUAUCCCGACUAUGCUGCUACAUUAUAUAAUCCAUCAGGUUUUUACAAAGGUAUUAUGGGGAACAAGACAGCAGGACAUCAAUAAACCCAAUAAUUCUCACAGUAAUGUACAAUGGACACAAAAUUAUGAGAAUACUUUAUCUCAAAAGUUUCGUCACACAGAUUAAUUGAUUGAUUGAUUUAUGCAAUUUCUCACAUUUUCACAGCCGGGAAGAUAAUAAUCCGGGUGCCAAAGAGUUAAA